UGUGUGUGUGUGUGUGAGACCUCAGAGGAAGCCUUCCACGCUGUGGUUGCGCUGCACUGCUGCAUCCUGCUUUCUUCUGCUGCGUACAUCCGCCCCUCUGUGUCUCGUUUUGACCUCGUUAUUACCCUCGUUACCGUUAGCAUUAGCGACUGCACCCUCUUUGAUGAUCGCCAGCAGCGGGCGUCACUGGGGCCAUCCUCUCCGCUGUCACCAUCAUUCUCAAUAUGCUGUUAUUAUCACUGUCGCCAUGAUUUCUCCUAAUGUUCUGAAAUGAAGACAGAUGCUGGAAUAAACACUCCUGAACCCUAACUCUGCGUCACUGUUGAAUGUGCUGCAGGGGCAUGGUACCCCACCCCCUACCCAUCCUCAGCCUUGAUCAACACUUGUGGGCUUCGCAUACUGUUAAGCCUGCUGCCAGACAUGUGCUCCCAUCCAGCCUGGUGUUCUCUAGCACUUCAGAAAGGCAACCCUCGUAUGUGUUUCUCCUCUGAAUAUUUCAGAGGGGAGCUGACAAAACGCAGACAGAAACAGGCCGCUGAUGACCUCCUUCUCAUCGCCUCCUCCAUAUUUCCCUCUCUCUGCAUCCCCUUACUUCCUCCUCUCAUAUUCUCCCCAUCUUGCCCGCUUUUUCUCUCCCAGUUUCAGAGUCUCAUCUUCGUCUUUCCUCUCCUCCCUCCCCCCACUGUGCAUCACACUCUCCUCUCCUCCUUCCUGUUUCAUGUUUUAAGUGUGCUCCUCUUCUUCCUCUGUCCUUCAUCCCUGUUUUUCAUGCAUCCUCUUUCAACUUUCAUCUCUCUCUCUUGCUCCUGUGUCUGAUCGUCUCUCCUUUUCCGUUCCCUUUCAUUCACCUUUUUCCAUCUCUCCACUGUGAUGUACACCGCUUUCCUGCCCGUCUUUCUGUCUGUUCCUACAGGGCUGUCUAAGGCCUCUGCUCGGUUAAUUCAUUCGUCGUGCAUUGCCUCACAUAUCUGCAGGGUCAGGCAGGCACACAGAGAGGAAGAGGAGAAGAAGUCUGGAGAUAAAAAAAGAGAUUAAGUUUUAUCGUCAAAACCAGAAAGUAAGAGCAGGAUUGCGAGGUGUUGAGGUUUCUGUACAUUUUUGUAAAUCGUGUCAUGACCUGGUUCUGUGCACUACUUGCUUUGUCAGUUCUUUUUGCUCCUGAUCUAAUAUUUCAAUCACAUUGCUGCCAUUGUCUCAGUCUCUGCUGGAAUGAGCAGCAUGUGUGGUGCAUGCAUACAUAUACUCCUCUUUAAACGCGCUCUGCUGAUAAAUCAGAAAUGAUGCGCAUUCUUAAUUGAACUGAAUCUAUUCUUUGUUGAAGUGACUCUUUGUGCUGCAGUAGAUGAUUUCACCAAGUCUUUCUAGGCUCAAAUGUGGAAUAAUUACCUGCUGAAUAUAUACGAUGUAGACUUUGUUUUGGCAUGUUGUUGGAAGGACCUGAUUAAUGAUAAAACACAUUUAUAAAUGCAGGAAAAACUCAAAAACUUGUUUUAACAGUAAAGAAACAUUUAAGCCAUUUAUGUGUUUUUGUUUGUUGCUGGAUGACUUCUGGAGAGAUUGUUUAUGUUGUAAUGUCCAGCAAUGGUCAGUUUUUAGGUACUGUUUGACCAUUCAACAUCUGGUCAAAAUAGAGACACAAGACUGCAUGUGCUCCCUUUAAAUUGGCCUGCCUUCAUCCCACCAGCUGGAGCUCAGAGCCUCUCUGCAGCUCUGAACACAGAUAGCGUAUCGUCAACAAUGAUGUUCUAAUGGCUGCAGUGUCAUGUACACAUUAUGAGCAUUAUAAGCCGUGUUGAUUACGUGGUUAUUCAUAUGUAAUUUUAUAGUUUAGUGAAUAAAACCAGCAGAAAAAUGGGUUCAGGGUAAGCUGGAGUUUCUUAAUAAAUCUGAUCAAACAACCCUGUCUGGCAAAAAUAACAGAAAAGUUUAUAAAACAAUCUUUUCUUAAAUUCCUGUAUUAUUUAGAAGGUCAGAGCUGAUUUAAGACAGACUAGCAGUUAGCUCAUCAGUCAACUUUGUUCCUUUACAAGGAACCAAAGGAGUCCAUUUGCCUUAAUUAGGACCUUAGGUUAACUCUGUGCUUAGUGACAGAACUUCCAAGCACUAUUCUGCAUAUUUUUGUCAUCAUAGUGUUUUUAUUUUUUCCUUUUUACAUAUUUUUGUCUAUGUUCUGCUAUGUGUGUUUAAAACGCUCAGGAGGAGUUAACAUGCGGUCACUAAAUCUCUGACACUGUAAGCACAGUGGGUCGCAGGAAUAAUGAUGGCUUGUUAGCACGGCUGCGUAAAUGAAAGGCGUUGUGUCGCUUCUGAAGAAACGUUGGAACAAGAAGCAGAGACUUUACUGCUGAGCUGACCUGGUUCAGUGGCAGUGUGUGCUCUGUUUGGCACCUGUUUGUGUUCAACUUUCACUUUAACACUGUAAAUAAACAGAUUCUGAUGGUUCUUACAUUACACGUAGCAUUACGCAUAUACAUUAUAGCAUAAUGUAAUCAAACCUACUGCAGGAACAGCUCUUGGAGUUUAUCUUGUCUGACAUGACAGAGAAAUGUGUGUGUUUGUGUAUUAGGUCUCCUGCGUUUGAGUUGCAGCAGUUCAAAAUUUUAAAUCUUGUUGUCAGUGUUUGAGUUUUCCUGCAGAUGCGAUAGAUGAUUUCCUCACAGUGUCUCAGCAGCACGUCUGGUCCAGUCAUCUCUUCCUUUAGAAGCUCGGUUGUUGUUUCUUCCUGUUAAACCAACACCAGAGUCUCUCUGGCUUAGAAAGAGGCUGAUGAAACUGUUUUUGGCAAGCUCAUAGCCUCUUCCUUGUAAGGUGUUCUAUUUUCUGUGCAUUAUUCGAGUGAGUCAAAAAUAGAAACUGAUAUGUCAGAAAGAGACAGUGAUAAAAAGCCAGAGGCAAACCAACCACGCGUGCACGCUCACACACAAAUGCAUGGGCACUUUUUUAUUUUUUUACCAUGGCUCACUCUGAAUUUAUUAGAUUUCUUUUUUAAUCUCCUGUGUCACUCAUGUGUUUCUUUUCUCUUUUCUUCUGAAUCUUGCAGGUUUUCCUGAUCGCGAGGCCUGAUUUGCAGAGCUGGAGCUUGGUUAUAAAGGAGGAGGGAGCGAGCGAGCCACAGUCAUGGAAACCUACAAGGACCUGCUGCUCCUGGGAGCCAUCGCAGCAGCGUCUGCCUUCAUGGUCACCAUCCUCAUUGUUCUUGUGUGUGUAGGCUGCCAAAGGAAAAGCAAGAGCAAGCACCCCCCAGCCGGAGAGAAAGGGACUUCUGUAAAUAUGCAGGGUACGCUUCGGCAUCCGAAACUGAACUCCAUGAGUAAAUCUGACACCAGGUUGCAUGAGAUCAAUCGCUUUCCCUGCAAUGGUAACUCUGUUAGUAAGAGCCGCCCAGCCAGCAUGGACCUGCUUCUCCUCCACAGCCGGCGCUCCCAGACAGACCUAAGGCCCUCCCAUGCACGACAGCUCCCUCAGAUCCCCACCAGCCCUCAGGGAUCAAGCCAGGGAGGAGGAGGGGAUGCAGGGGGUGAUGCUGGUGGAGGAGGAGGUGGUGGAGGGGGAGGAGGAGGAGGCGCGGAGGCUAGAGACCACACCUACACCGAGGUGGGCCUUCGCAAUAACCCGACUCCUAGCCACUACCUCGACGAUGGCCUGUAUGAAAGCGUAGCGGUUCGGGAAACUGAAGCAGGUCCCAAAGUCCCCUCUGCUCCCCCGUCCACGUCAUCCAGCACUCCAUCAACUGUCAGAGCAGCUCAGAGCCCUCCGGCCCAUACUAACGGCGCUCGCAAUGGAAAUGGCGGCAGAGGGAAUGGCACCAUUAAUGGAGCUUUGACAGUGAACAGAUCUCCUUUGUCCUCUGUCAACUCCCUGGUUGUUCAAGAUCCAUCUGGAGCUGAGUAUGCUUCCAUACGGAAGUUUAAAAAGGUUGACCAGUUAAACAGAAAGGAGAACAACGGAGCUGACAGCCAGUCAGACAGCCAGUCAACCAUGAGUGAUUCUCCAUCAGCUGCUCCUCAUCCUCUUCAUCGCAGUCAGGAGUUUCCACGCAAACCGCUGGAGCCAUUUCACCUGCACUCCUUCCCAAAGGAAGCAGUGUUCAUGGGCAAUGGAGAGCAGUACAUCUGGAAGCCUCCAGAGGAGGAUGACAUCAUCACCUUGCACCCUCCACCGCUCCGUGGAGACAACUGUCAGGGGCAACCAUUGCCCCCAACUGCAAAGGAGAUUGCAGACACUUACUCCAUCGUAUGCAAAAGCCAGAAGAAGAAACCUCCUAUGGAGCACAACGGAGCAAAGACGCUCCCGCGCUCCUUCGGCGGGGAGCGGGGAAACCACGGUUCCCGAGGCCGAGGCCGAGGAGUCCAAGCCCAAGCUCGUUCCCAAGAGGAGCCCUGUUAUGAGCCAGUAGGAGACAGGUCCUGGUCCAACGCGGUGGCCGAGUCAGACCCUGCGUAUGCCAGUAUUGACACCCACCGGAAGCGUGAGCAGGGGGGAUCCAAUAACAGCACAGGUGGGGGUAGCGCUACUCUGAAGAGAAAGAAGCAAAUACCGCAGCAGCCGCAGCAUGCAACACCAACAGCACCACAAGGCUCAGAACCCAACGCCCCCCCUGUCAGAGGCCUCCCUGGUGGGGAAAACUUCUAUGAGACCAUCAGUGAUGUAAAACAAGGAGGCAACAGCUCUGGCACUACCACUAUCUUCACUUUCAAUGAUGGAAUGGAGAUGUACGUCACUGGCCUGUAGCAAACUAAUAGGGUCCAGAAGCCACUGGUACUGGUUCUGUUUACCGACCAGCAGGUCGCUGUACAUAGACACAGGCCCUCUACAGUCAAGCAACAUGAGGAUCCAUUUUGUGUUGACAUCAGGUACAAACAGGGUCUUAAUCCAGGUUCAGACUUCCUUUGAUUGGUCUGCACUUCAGAACCAGCCUACGCCUAGUCCAGCCCAAAAAUGGACCAAAAACAAAAAAGAAAAGUGGUGGAGAAAAACAACUAACUGGAACAUUUGUGUUCAGUGUUCUGUGUCACAAUCACCUGCUUGUGCAUCAUUUUUCCAUUAUAUCUUUAUUUUUAUAUGAACACUUUACUCUUUAAAGAGUUCUCACAAUCUAAAAAAAUACAAUUUAGAUAUAUAUUUAAAAAAUGUGCAUGCAUCGUGCAAACUCACAUGAAAAUAGACAUCAGUAGCAAUCAAAAUGCAUAUUUGUGGAGCGUAAGGUACAUAACUGGUGAACUUGCACGUGCCUCAUUUUGGGUGACUCACUAAAUAUGAGCACAUUUAUAUCACAGAUGUUUGUGGUGUUUAGCGCUCCCUGAACAAACAUGAAACAGGUUCCCAAAGCGCGCUGACCUGUUGUCAGGCAGACGGCAUUUUUGGUGCUUUGUUCAAACACAGGCCUGUGGUUUACCGACCUGCUGAAACGCACAGACAUAAAUGAAAGCUGUCGUCAUUCCACAAAGUGUCACUGGCGCACCCCCGAGCUCCGCAGCAGUUAUAGGCACAACCCAAAUGAUGAGUGCAGGAAAGUGAGUUUAUCUCAACAGUAGAAGCUUUGUUUAAAUUAAACCCAAAGUGAAAAACGUACUCUCAGAUUCGACAAACAUCUGCUGCCAGAGGCAUGUUGACACACCCCAUCGCACCCCCACUCAGACACACACAUAAUUGUCAGUCAUGCAAGGUGAAGUGAUCGGGUCAGGGGCAGUGAAACGCUUGUGCAAGAAUUUCCCCAGAGUGACGUUACACAACAAGACCUCAACUGUAUCACAGGAAUAAAUAAGAGAAGAAUAUUUAAAUAAAAAGAAAGACAAAAGGAAGGGAAAAUGUGUCCAAAACAAUGCAGGGUGCUUCAUCCUGUGCAGUUAAUAUGCCAUUUCCUCUGUGGAUUGUAAAAAUCUGAUUUUUAUGACCAUUGUAAUUUUUGCACUGGACAACUGCCUGACUGCUGAGCUUACUUGAGCAUUACUGUUGUGUGGAGUGUAAUAAAGCACAGUUGUUCUGAUUCGGACUCCAGUCAAAACGAGGGCUGAUUCAUGACUCACAGACUUGAGUCUUGUGGUUGAAAUAGUAACAGAGGUUCUGGACUCCAAAGAAAAUAAAAGAGCUGUGCAUAAAACUUACCAUAGAGUGUCUUUUGGAAAGUUUCUCCUCUCCUUCUCUCCAGCCUCUGUACCGAGUCCUCGUCCACUGAAAACAACACUUUUCCCAUGCAGCUUUGGGGAAACAUUUAAACAGAAAAGGAACACGGGAAGAAACCAAACAUUUGUGGCUUAAUAAACAGGCAGAAAGACAAGACGUGAUGAAGAGAAGGAAAAAAAGCUCUCUUACUGCGAGACAAACUUGCAUGGAGAAAACGGGUUUAGAAAGGUUAGCAGGAAAAGUAUAUAGAUGCUACAGUGUCAGAAAGUAUGUAAAAAUGAAAACGCACAUUGUAUUUAAGGUGCUGUCUAUUUUUAUCGUACCUGAAAUGAAAACCGUGGGACAAACAGCUCAUACCACUGCCAUGAAAACAGUUCUUUUACGUUGUUGAUGCUGUUUUUUUCUGCUUGGACAAAUGCAUGCUUUAAUAUGUGGAGAUAAAAACAAAUAUUGUGCUACUUAUCUCUAUUUUUCUGUUGUACUUUUACCAUGUAAUGCAAAGCAGCGUUCUGUUUGCUUAAAAAAAUACUUUGAGGAGCGGGGCAGAGAUGGGAGGGAGCUGGUGGGAGAAAAUGGCAGCAAUAUUUGAUGGAGUGCUGGGGUGGGGGGGUGCACAGCGAGUAUAGAGCUGGACGAGGAUCACUGCAAAAUGCACACUGACCCCAUAGGCCUCUCCCCCUCCUGAUUAGUUUUUCCCCCCUUCUUGUGUGUGUGUGUGUGUGCGUGCGUGUGCAUAUGCGUGUGCGUGUUUGCUCACAUCCAAACACACUCCCCAGCACCCAGCCACACGCAUCUCUAACCUCUCCUUGCACUUCUUCCAGUCAGACCUGCAUGCAUUUGCCUUUCUUUUCUUUGCUUCACCUUGUCCCUCUCUGCCUUUGAUGCUCGGCUCCGAGGGACUCUGGGAGAGAAAGGCCUUGGGGGGUGGGGGGAGUCCAGCCGACUCCAUUCUCAUAUCAGCAACCUAACGGCUCAACUGUCUGAUGUGGGAAACAGCCAACAGCUGAGAUGUUUAACAAACUGAUCACCCAAACUAAGUCAAUUGGAAAUUACUAUCACACUCCAUUCUGUUAUUUUAUUUAUUUGAAUUUUCUGUGGUUAUUACUUAAUAUGUAACAUUUUAUCCUGAGAAAAUGCACUGAUCCCAUUCAAUUUUUUCAAAAAAUAUUAUUCACUGACCGAAAAAUAAAUAAAUAAAAAAGUUUAUUGCACAAAAUAGUAUAAUGAUGUAAAUGUGUAAAAUUUCACAUUGCUGUUCUGACGUUGUUCCAAUGUAACAUACAGUAUACAGUAUAUUUGUUUAGAGAUCUAAAAAAAAGAAGGUUAUCACCGACACAUCGUACUUUGUGGAUGAAAAUAGUUUCAUGCUUUCCAUGCAAAUACGGAUGCUGUUUGUUAAUUGUCUUAAGAUAUAAAUAUGGGCCAGUACUGCUGUGACAACUGUAGCCAAUGUUGUAUGUUCCUCAAGCACAGACUUUAGUUAAAAAUGAAUAAAUAUAAUAUAGUGUGACAGUGGAGAUAUGCAAACGAUUGUAAUGUUUUAUAUUACCCUUCAUAAAAUAUUAAAGUGAGUUUUUACUUUUCUAAUAAAGUGGCACAUUAUGAAAGGUU